UCUUUGAGACUUAAAGCUCCAACAUGAUCUUGCUCCUCUUCUUGUUCGGUCUGGCUCUGGGUGCUCCUUCUGAGUCUCCUUCUGAUGGCAAUAAAGUGAAGCUACAGCUUGUUCAACUACUGCAUGGAAACUGUCCCAUGUUCUGGUACAGUUUCAAUGGCCGCUGCUACAAAUAUGUCGCCGCACACAUGAGCUGGGCUGAUGCAGAGCUCUAUUGUGUGUCACAGGGAGCCAACCUGGUGUCCAUCUACAGCGAGGAGGAACAGAACUUUGUCAGAACCUUAAUUAAGAACUUUGACCACACUGAAGGAACCACAUGGAUCGGACUCAAUGACCUUUAUAAAGAAGGCAGAUGGAUGUGGUCUGAUGGUUGUGCAGUUCGGUUUGUCUACUGGUUGCCAAACCAGCCAGACAACUGGAAGGGAAUUGAACACUGUUGUGAGAUUAACUCUUUCGACUUAAAGAAGUGGAAUGACUGCUCAUGUUCUACAGUUUUACCUUCUGUUUGUGCAACACGAAUAAUCUGUCCUAAAACGUAAAACGAAACAAAAAUGUACAUUUAACCUGCACUGUUUUUGUUAUCUGUAUUUUUAUGUGAUUGUGCAAAAGUCACAAAAUUCCAUUGACCUUGAUUGUCAUAAAUGUGGAAUCAACAACUAGCAAUAAAUAA